ACUUUCUGUUGUGUUGUUUCACCGUGCAGGACUUAAGAGUUUCGGGCGGCCUAAAUAAAAGCGCGCAUCGAGGAAACCUUCAUCGAUGAGCGCCCAAAUCGUUGAGGCUCAAGUCAUAGAGCCGAAAAUAGUCAAGGAGGGAUGGCUAUACAAAAGAGGUGAGCACAUAAAAAAUUGGAGGAAGAGAUACUUCAUACUUCGGGACGAUGGUUCCCUCAUCGGGUUUAAGAAUCAGCCCGAGCCCGGACAGUAUUCCGAUCCCCUGAACAACUUCACCGUCAAAGGAUGUCAGGUGAUGUGUCAGGAACGACCACGUCCGUUUACCUUCAUCGUCCGUGGACUGCAAUGGGCUCAAGUGAUCGAGCGCAUGUUCUGCGUGGAUUCGAAUGACGACCGCGUGAAAUGGGUGCAAGCUAUCGAGUACGUCGAUCAGAAUCUCCAUCAGGAUGUUGAGAUGGCUGAAGAAGCGUCGACUUUAGAACAGAGCAGUCUUCGCGAUUCUUUCAAUGCCGCGUACCGCCGGGAUCGCCAUUCGAAGAUCACGCUCGAUAAUUUCGAACUUAUCCGGGUGCUAGGGAAAGGAACAUUUGGGAAAGUUGUUUUGUGUCGGGAGAGAUCUUCAGAUCAACUGUACGCCAUCAAGAUACUCAAAAAGCAGGUGGUGAUAGCCAAGGAUGAAGUUGCGCACACAUUGACCGAGAGUCGUGUACUCCAGACCACGGAUCAUCCGUUCCUAAUUGCUCUCAAGUACUCUUUUCAAACGGUAGAUCGACUGUGUUUCGUGAUGGAGUACGUUAACGGCGGCGAGCUGUUCUUCCAUUUGACGAGAGAGCGGAUCUUCAGCGAGGAGAAGACACGGUUCUAUGCCGCUGAGAUCCUAUUGGCCCUCGAAUACCUUCACGAGCAAGGAAUAAUCUACCGCGAUCUCAAGUUAGAAAACCUUUUGCUCGACAAAGACGGUCACAUAAAAAUCGCUGAUUUCGGUCUGUGUAAAGAGGAUAUAACCUUCGGCGGUACAACACGAACAUUUUGCGGAACACCCGAGUAUCUCGCGCCGGAGGUUCUAAACGACACCAACUACGGUCGUGCAGUGGACUGGUGGGGCCUCGGAGUGGUGAUGUACGAGAUGAUGUGCGGUCGAUUGCCCUUCUACAGCCGCGACCAUGAGGUCCUAUUCGAAUUGAUUGUCGCAGAAGACGUUCAAUUUCCACCCACGUUGAGCUCGGAUGCGAAUACGCUGUUGCGAGGUCUUCUCACAAAAGAUCCGAAAAUGCGCCUCGGGGGAAGUGAGCGCGACGCCAAGGAUAUCAAGGAGCACGCAUUCUUCCGCUGCAUACCGUGGGAACAACUGCUCGCCAAAAGACUGGCACCGCCUUUCACGCCGCAGGUCACAUCGGACACUGACACACGUUACUUCGAUCAGGAGUUCACUGGGGAGAGCGUUGAGCUGACGCCACCUGAUUACCAAGGAACCGGUGCUUUGAACUCGAUAUCGGAAGAGGUCGAACAGCCUUACUUCCAGCAGUUCUCGUACCACGGAAGCUCAUCGGUUCUCUCGCGGAGUUCCGCCGACGCACCCUUGCCUAUUUUACCUCCGACGAGCUAAACUUUCCUCAGAGAAGAAUAACAGCGAUUUCCCCGAUCCCGCGUUUGUGAAUGCCUGGAUAUGUGGAGGGAGGCGUCGGACAAAUACGACGUGUCGAUGAUGCACAAGCGCCUGCGGUACGUGUCAGUCCCGAGGUUUCAGAUUCAGGUCGGAUUAAAUAGCGGAGAAAAGUCAAAUGAAGACGGGACAGGGAGAAUAUUUUCGAAUGAGUGUGGAACGAGACGUUCUUCUACGAUGCGUCGGUCGAGGACGAAAGCAAAUAGACGAGAGGGGGAAUGGGAUACCCGCAGUCGUCAGACAACAUCAAACGACUCUUCCCUGGCGGAUAAGUUUCCCAUUGCUCGCAUCGAGUUAUUGUACAUUUGUACCGAGGAGUGCAACAGGGAGGAGCGAACUCGAACUCACAAAUCAUCGAGACAAACAAGAGAGGAAUCAAUUUACGCUUGAAUUGAAGUCGGGCGCCGCACCCUUAUCCCGCAGUCGCUCGUAGAUCAUUGACGAUGGCUCCUACGAUGUUAGUUCUCUCAGUUCAUUGAUUCAAAUCAUUCAUCCCUCUGGUCUAAAAACACAUAUACAUUCAUGCCUACAACUCAUUGAGAAUAUAUACAGAUAUACAUAAGGAUUUAUAUACAUCGCGGAAUGAGUGCUUAUCAACAAGAGAACAGCGUACCGGUGAUUCAGCAAACAACGAUCACAGUUUAUGACAUACAUAGACCAGGCGGAAGAGAAAUUAGAGAAAAAAAUCGACACCGCGAUUCUCAUCAUUAACUCCUCAGUACUGACGAUUUCCGUUCCCGAUUUCGACGGGGAGAUCGAACACGUCGGAGUUCCUCGUUCGUAAGGGCGCAGGCGAGACGAUUCGAAUGCUGAUAGAGUGCGGACGUUUUGGAGAUUGUAUGAGCUCUCCAGGCUCGGAGGAUUUGUUAUGCGAUGCUCAUGUUAUGGGAAUGUGACGUUGGCAAUUGUAGUCCAGAAUAAUUG